GCAGCAAGUUCGCCACCAGCCGCUGGGACCCGCCGCUGCCCCACUCCUCACGCUCCAGCCCAAGGCACUGAGUGGGUGGUGACUGCCUACGGAGAAGCGGCCCAGACCGGAAAGGAUCACCCCUCCCCCAUUGGCCAGCUUGCACGGGUUGUCGCAGGUCCCGCGCUGACCGCAGGGCGGCGCCCCUCGCCUGGGCUGCGCUCUUGCCGCGCUGCCCGCUCCAGGCUCUCGCGGUCGGACACGACUCUACCUUCAGCUGCUGGAGGAUCAGGCCAGGGCUGCCGCAGCUGCUGCAGAGAAAGAAAAAGCAAAUAGCGCCCGCCCGCUGACUGGGCAGUCCGGCCCCAGACCAGCCAGAAGUGCGGAGCCACCCAGAUAUUUUUGAGUGCCUACUAUGUGCCAGCCUGUGCUAGGAACUGGAAACGCAGGUGGGACAUUCCGACGUGUUCCCUGCUCUCCUGGUGCUCACCACCCCAUGAGAGUGAUGUCAUGCGCAGACCAGCAGAGGGCUCCAUGAGGAUUUAUAGAAGAUGCCCCGAGUCUCCGCACCCUUGGUGCUGCUUCCCGUGUGGCUUGUGAUGGUCACCUGCAGUCCCCAAGCCUUGAGGAUUGCUGCUAUCUUGGAUGACCCCAUGGAGUGCAGCAGAGGGGAACGGCUCUCCAUCACCCUGGCCAAGAACCGCAUCAACCGUGCUCCUGAGAGGCUGGGCAAGGCCAAGGUUGAAGUGGACAUCUUUGAACUUCUCAGAGACAGCGAAUAUGAGACUGCAGAAACCAUGUGUCAGAUCCUCCCCAAGGGGGUGGUCGCUGUCCUGGGACCAUCCUCCAGCCCCGCCUCCAGCUCCAUCAUUAGCAACAUCUGUGGGGAGAAGGAGGUCCCCCAUUUCAAAGUGGCCCCAGAGGAGUUUAUCAAGCUCCAGUCCCAGAGAUUUACAACCCUGAACCUCCACCCCAGCAACACCGACAUCAGUGUGGCUGUAGCUGGGAUCCUGAACUUUUUCAACUGCACCACCGCCUGCCUCAUCUGUGCCAAAGCAGAAUGCCUUUUAAACCUCGAGAGGCUGCUCCGGCAAUUCCUCAUCUCCAAGGACACACUGUCAGUGCGGAUGCUGGAUGACACCAGGGACCCCACCCCACUCCUCAAAGAGAUCCGAGAUGACAAGACAGCCACCAUCAUCAUCCACGCCAAUGCCUCCCUGUCUCACACCAUCCUCCUCAAGGCAGCUGAGCUAGGGAUGGUGUCAGCCUAUUACACGUACAUCUUCACUAACCUGGAGUUCUCACUCCAGAGGAUGGACAGCCUUCUGGAUGAUCGUGUCAAUAUCCUGGGAUUUUCCAUUUUCAAUCAAUCACAUGCUUUCUUCCAAGAGUUUGCCCAGAACCUCAACCAGUCCUGGCAGGAGAACUGUGACCAUGUGCCCUUCCCUGGGCCUGCGCUCUCCUCAGCCCUGCUAUUCGAUGCCCUCUAUGCUGUGGUGACUGCAGUGCAGGAGCUGAACCGGAGCCAGGAGAUUGGUGUGAAGCCCUUAUCCUGCGGCUCAGCCCAGAUCUGGCAGCAUGGCACCAGCCUCAUGAACUACCUGCGCAUGGUAGAAUUGGAAGGUCUCACUGGCCACAUUGAAUUCAACAGCAAAGGCCAGAGGUCCAACUAUGCCUUGAAAAUCUUGCAGUUCACAAGGAAUGGUUUUCGACAGAUUGGCCAGUGGCAUGUGGCAGAUGGCCUCAGCAUGGACCACCACAUCUACACCUCUAACAUGUCCAACAACCUCUUCAACACCACCCUGGUUGUCACCACUAUUCUGGAAAACCCAUAUUUAAUGCUGAAGGGGAACCACCAGGAGAUGGAAGGCAAUGACCGCUACGAGGGUUUUUGUGUGGACAUGCUCAAAGAGCUGGCAGAGAUCCUCCAGUUCAACUACAAGAUCCGUCUGGUUGGAGAUGGUGUGUACGGCGUUCCUGAGGCCAAUGGCACCUGGACAGGAAUGGUUGGGGAGCUGAUCGCUAGGAAAGCAGACCUGGCUGUGGCAGGACUCACCAUCACUGCUGAGCGGGAGAAGGUGAUUGAUUUCUCGAAGCCAUUCAUGACUCUGGGAAUUAGCAUUCUUUACCGAGUUCACAUGGGACGCAAACCUGGCUAUUUCUCCUUCCUGGACCCAUUUUCUCCAGGCGUCUGGCUCUUCAUGCUGCUAGCCUAUCUGGCCGUCAGUUGCAUCCUCUUCCUAGUGGCUCGGUUGACCCCUUAUGAGUGGUACAGCCCCCAUUCAUGUGCCCAGAGCCAGUGCAACCUCCUGGUGAAUCAGUACUCCCUUGGCAACAGCCUCUGGUUUCCGGUUGGGGGCUUCAUGCAACAGGGCUCCACCAUCGCCCCUCAAGCCUUGUCUACUCGUUGUGUCAGUGGCGUCUGGUGGGCAUUCACGCUGAUCAUCAUCUCCUCCUACACGGCCAACCUGGCCGCCUUCCUGACUGUGCAACGCAUGGAUGUGCCCAUCGAGUCAGUGGAUGACCUGGCUGACCAGACCACCAUUGAGUAUGGCACGAUUCAUGGAGGCUCCAGCAUGACAUUCUUCCAAAAUUCCCGCUAUCAGACCUACCAGCGCAUGUGGAAUUACAUGUAUUCCAAGCAGCCAAGUGUGUUUGUGAAGAGCACGGAGGAGGGAAUCGCCAGGGUGUUGAAUUCCAACUAUGCUUUCCUCCUGGAGUCCACCAUGAAUGAGUACUAUCGGCAGCGAAACUGCAACCUCACUCAGAUUGGGGGCCUGCUGGACACCAAGGGCUAUGGGAUUGGCAUGCCAGUCGGCUCGGUGUUCCGGGAUGAUUUCGAUCUGGCCAUUCUCCAGCUGCAGGAGACCAACCGCCUGGAAAUUCUGAAGCGUAAAUGGUGGGAAGGGGGUAAGUGCCCCAAGGAGGAAGAUCACAGAGCCAAAGGACUGGGAAUGGAGAAUAUUGGUGGAAUUUUUGUGGUUCUUAUUUGUGGCUUAAUCGUGGCCAUUUUUAUGGCUAUGUUGGAGUUUUUAUGGACUCUCCGACACUCAGAAGUGACUGAGGUGUCCGUCUGCCAGGAGAUGGUGACGGAGCUGCGCAGCAUCAUCCUGUGUCAGGACAGAGUCCACCCUCGUCGGCGGCGCACUGGAGAGCCACGGCCCCGACCCCCAGGCCCCGAGGAGCACCGGCUCCAGGGCACCGCGACUCUCAGCAACGGCAAGCUGUGCGGCGCUGGGGCUGGGGAGCCUGACCAGCUGGCGCAGCGACUGGCCCAGGAGGCUGCACUGGUGGCUCGCGGCUGUACUCACAUCCGCGUCUGCCCCGAGUGCCGAAGGUUCCAGGGCCUGCGGGCCCGGCCGUCUCCCGCCCGCAGCGAGGACAGUCUGGAGUGGGACAAGGCCACCAACAGCAGCGAGCCAGAGUAGCCCUCUCGAGGCAGGACUCUCGAAGCUAGGCAGGGAGGCGCCAGUGCCCGGGGGCGCUACUGGCUGUCCAGAGCCCUGACUGGAAAGCGUCCACACUUCUCUCCGGAUUUUGGAUCCAGGAAUUUUACAAAAAGAUCAAGAGACCAACGCCCCAGCCAGAGACUGUGCCCUGGUCCAGAAGCUGGGUGCACCCAGAGACGUUGCCCCCGAGUGGGGAUGGGACGCUCUCCCACCGGACCACCAGGACCCCUGUUCUCCCAGCGGGCCUUUGUUUGCCGCCAAAGUGACUGUUGGGGCAGGGGUCCCUCCCAAGUCAGGCCAAUGAAUUGGUGGAAUUUCCCAUUAGGAAGGGGCCAUUGUACUCUGGGUCUAGUUCUUACAAGAAAAAAAGAAUAAACUCAACAGGGAAGUUUUUCUUUUCUGGAUUUGUAUAUUUUUGUUGGUAUUUUAUUGAUUUUCCCCUUUCUCUCCCCUCCUCCCCUUUUCCUUGUUGUCUUUUCAAUUCUAUUCAUUGUUUUUGUCUGCUUGUUUAUCUGAAGGGGUAGACCAGGUUAGGGAAUAGAAGUAUAAUCUCUGAUCCUCUUUCCUAAAUUUUAGGAAAUGGAGCAGCCAGUGUGUCAGAUUUCAGGUGCUGAACUCCCCUUUCUGUGUGGUGAUGAGGGCAUAAGUGUAGGAGAAGAGUCUCUGGCAGGAGAAAGAAAAAGGGGGAGAGCUCAAACAAAAGUUCCUUAAAGUAAUGUUUAAAUCCCCUCAAACCAAUUAACUCAUAGUUUACUCAGUGAAACCUUCCAAUGGCUGGGGUUCUGCCCUCUUCAUUCCCCCACCCACUUUGGCUCUUUGUUUGGAUCCCAGAAAAGUCUAGGUGGCUUCUUUCAAUGCGUAGUCCUGGGGUAAUGUGUCCUUUUCUUCUCUUUCCGAUUUUCACUAUCACUGGAUUUGGUUCUGUCUUUUGUGAUCUCUGAAGGAGAGAGACAGGCGAGACGAGUAGAGCUCACCAACUACCUGGAGCCUUGUCUAAGGAGCAGAGAGGGAAGAGAAUUUCCCACUGUGAAGUCCGCUUCACACGGAACAGCAUUCACAGAGGAUAAAGAAGGGUCCCCUGCUGCGAUGCACUGUUUGUCAAGUGUAUCUCUUUUAACCAAACUCAGUAGCUGCCUGUGAAGCCAGGCCCCAAUGCUAUUGUGGAUUGAGUGGUUUCUUGUUAUUAGACAUGAGACCUGGGUGCAAAUGUGUGUGUACAUGUGUAUAUUUAUGAAAUGCAAAGACCUUAAAUAAUUAAGAGUUUGCUGUGGUCCUGGGAGACAGGUGGGUCUCGUAGCCAAUACACAAGUCUGUGAACUGGAAAUUCUUGAGUUCUAACCUCAACUCGGGCAGUAGCCCCCUUAUGUGACCGUAGCAAAGCACUGAACUUCUCUUCCAUCUGCAAAAUUAGUUAUGGAUGCUUUCCAGGCUCUCAGAGAGCUGCUUGUUAAGUGUUUGUAGCUCAUCUGCUGGGAGGGGUGAGGCUUCCAACAGCUGCUUGACCUUUGCUUGUUUUCACCGUUGGGAGUUUCAUGCAGAGAGUUUUCAUUUUCUGAAAGAAAACUUAAAUUCUAUGCAAUUUAUGAUUGUAAACUUAAAAAGUUUAGAGGAAGCAGGAAAUAAAUCGCCGCUACCACCACUUCCACCACCACUACCACCUUCAAUCAAUUUGUCCUCACGUUGUUUCUGUUCUGAAUGUACUAAAAUAAAGACAUCUUUGGAAGAUGAUGAGCUUAAUUCAUGA